AUGAACGACCGCCCGAUGCAGACCGUCGUAUGCACAUCAGCCUUCACACGGCCAGCUGAACGAGUGUAUGGGCGGGUCCUCCACCGGUCUGCCGGUCGCAAUCCCAACACAGCAACGCCAGCAGAUGCAAAACAGCGCCAACCAGCGGCGCUUGUCGUCAUCUCUCGAGUCUCCAUCUCCUCCAGCUCCUUCUCCUCCUUAUCUUACAACAUUUUCGUGUGGACGACAGGACCAGAUUGCAGAAAUGUGCUCUAA